UCAUGAGCAGUGGAAGGCGCCGGCAAUGGAGGCCAUGUUAGAUAGCCGCUAAAGGCUAACGCCAUUGCUACGGCAACGAAUUAUCACGAUAUGUUCGGAUAAAAUAGUUUUAUUUAGUUAUAAUGUGUAUGCGCUAUAUGCUUUAUAUGAAACGUGCAUUGAAUGCGGGGAACUAUAUAUUUAUUAGGCAUAACUAGAAAUUUGUACAGGAUUAAUCGUCGAGGCAGUACGCCACAUUAUUGUCGUGGGGUAACGACCUCCGCCAUGAUGUAUAUAUCAGUUAGCUAACCUGGCAUGUUGGCUAUACGCUUAGAAAAGGAGCAACAGGAAGCUAUUGAGCAUAUUGAUGAAGUACAGAAUGAAAUUGACAGACUGAAUGAACAGGCCAGUGAGGAAAUUCUCAAAGUUGAGCAAAAAUAUAACAAGCUUCGCCAGCCAUUCUUUCAAAAGAGGUCAGAGCUCAUUGCCAAAAUUCCCAACUUUUGGGUCACUACAUUUGUGAAUCACCCACAAGUCUCUGCUCUCCUUGGUGAGGAGGAUGAAGAAGCACUUCACUAUCUGACCAGGGUGGAGGUAACAGAAUUUGAAGACAUCAAAUCAGGCUACAGAAUAGAUUUUUACUUUGAUGAAAACAUGUAUUUUGAAAACAAAGUCCUAUCAAAAGAAAUUCACCUGAAUGAAAGUGGAGACCCAACUCCAAAGUCAACAGAGAUCAAAUGGAAACCAGGAAAGGACCUUACAAUUCGUUCCAGUCAAACUCAAAGUAAAAUGGGCAAGAAGCGGCAACAUGAAGAGCCUGAGAGCUUUUUCACCUGGUUCACUGAUCACUCUGAUUCAGGAGCAGAUGAGUUGGGGGAGGUCAUAAAGGACGACAUCUGGCCCAAUCCUCUGCAGUAUUACCUGGUCCCGGAUAUGGAAGAUGAGGAAGGAGAAGGUGAGGAUGAAGAUGAGGAAGGUCUAGAAGACAUAGAUGAAGAAGGAGAAGAUGGAGAAGAGGAUGAUGGGGAGGAUGAUGGAGAGGAUGAGUGAAGAGUAAGAAUGUUGAGCAUAAUCCAUCACUGGUCCUGUCUGCCUCAACCCAUCUGCAUCUUUGGCCAUUCUUGGGAGCAAAAAUUCAUCCUUUUUACUCCCUUUCCUUACUGUCCUUUUUUUUUUUUUUUUAAUUUUUUUUUUAAUUUAUUUCAUUUUUUUAGUUCCAUCUUCAGUCCUGACUGUGCCAUGUUGAAAUCUACCCAGGAAGACAUUUAAUAAACUGACUGCAAAAUAAUGCCACUAUGGCAA